AUGGAAUACUUGACACAUUUGAACAAGGACGAUCCCGAGGUGGCCACCAGGCCGAAGUACCCUGAUUUAACGUGGACGGCUCCAGUCACAUUCUGGGACUUCCACGUCUACUACGAUGAGGCAACUUCAGAAGAGGCACACGCCCUCAAGAACAAGAUCUUGCAAUUGAAGGUGGAGAAGGCCAUUGGGCCCCACUACGACUUGUUUUGGGAGGUGGACGUUGCCCGAGUGGAUGUGUUUGGCAAAAUCCUCAGCUGGUUCGUCCAGCACCACGGCUCCUUAUCUGCUUUGAUCUUUUAG